CUACAACAGCACCUACAACUACCACAACACCCAUGACUACAAGAACACCUACUAUCACAAGAACAAUACCCACAACUACAACUACAACACUGACAACUACCUCAACCACCACAUCCAAAGCUACUACAAAGACAGUGAGUUUAACCACAAAGAUAAAUCAUAGGUACCCAGCUGUGAAUAACACUAUUGUGAAUCCACAUGAUAAGCCCAUGGAGUCUCACAGUAUUUCAACUAAAAAGUCCAGUGAUGCGCCAACAUCAGGUGGCAGCAGCAGCAACAAUGGGAGCAGUGACGAGGUUCCUGGAUGGGCUAUAGCCCUCUUAGUGUUAGCUGCUGCCAUCUUGUUGCUACUCAUAAUCAUCUUUAUCAUGAUGUUGGUUCGACUGUGUUGUAAGAAAACAGAAAGCGGUUACAUGGACACCGCUCAGGAUCCAUAUUACAAUGAAAAGACACAACCCCCUCACGCACCUGCCCUGCCAAUGUACUCACCUCCAACCCCGGCGAAACCAGAACCAAUGUCAACCCCAGUCAUUUUUGGGGACACGCUUAAGAAGAACAGAGCAGGGUUUUACUCUGUGAAUCCCUGAACAUCUCUGCAUGAAUGAAAGCCAUGAAAAAACAGGUAGUCUACUUAAUGCAUCCAAGUAUAUUAAUGGCUGAUCGGUUAU